AUGAAUCAAUUAAGAAAAGUAGAUUUGUUUCAAGAAAAUAGUAAUAGCAACACAAUAUUUUCAAAUUAUGAUAAUGAAUUAAAUUCAUUGAAUGAAAAAAGUUAUGUAAAUAAUAACAACAAUUCCAAUAUAAUACCAUUAAAAAAGUAUUCGAAUAGUGAUGUAUAUAUCUUACCUUUUACAAAAGAAAAUGGAAAUGAUUUUUUGAAAAUAAGCAAUAAUUAUUCAAAAGAAGGUAGAGAACUUGAAAAUAAUAAUAAUAAUGAAUAUAUGCUUAAUUAUUUAAAUGCUUAUAUAAAUAAGAAUAUAAAAAAUAAAAUUAGUGAUAAUGCAUCUAAUAAUGCAUUAGGAAUAAUAGAUAAAAAUAACGAUAUUAAUUAUAAUUUUAUAUCAAAUCAGUUAAAGGAAAGUAAAGCAAUUAUUGAAACGAAAAAUUCAAUGUAUAAAUUAUCUUCAAAUGGUAACCAAAAAAAUAGCAAUAACUUUAGCUCAGGUAUAAAUGAAUUGAUACAUAAAAACACCUUACUUAAUAAUAAAAAUAUUCCUAAUAACAUUUUAAAUGAAAUAAUUCCUGGGGAAAAUGUAAUAAAUAAUAUACAAAGAAUUAAUUAUAUUAAUAAUUUUUAUAAUAUGAAUGGCUCAGAUAAUGUAAAUAAUAUAAAAAAUGAUAUAAACGAAAUGAAAAAUAUAAAGAAUAAUAAAGAGAUUUCUAAUAAAUUUAAUAGUAAUUUAAUUUCCAAAUAUGGUAAUAAUUUAAAUUUAAAAAGUAGUAUAAAUAUUCUAAAUCAGGAAAAUGAUAAUAAAGUUUAUAAUAAUGAUUCUAUAUAUGAAUCUACAUUUGAUAAUGACCUUAGUGAAAACCAAAUAAUAAAUGAUAAUGUAAAUGCAAAUGAUAAUAAAUUAUCAUUUAAAACUCAUAAUAAUAAGGUAAAGGAUAAGAGCGAUUCUACAAAAAUAUCUUAUUCUCAAUAUGUAAACUUACCAUGCACUCCAAGAGUUAACAAUAUUGAAUCUAUUUUAAAUUUUAAUCAAAUUAAUUCCCAUCAUUCUGAUAAAAAAAGUUAUAUUAGAAAACAAUCUAAUAUAUCAUCUGGGAUUCCUCAAGAAGAAUUUCUAAGAGCACAAGAAAAAGAAAAUUAUAAAAAUUUUCUUAAUGUCAUAAAUAAAAGAAUGGAGAAUAUUAUGAAGGAUAAAAAUAUUAUUCAAGUUGAAAAUCAUUACAAACCAAAUACUCAACCAAAAAAUAUCAAAAUGCAUGAUAAAAUAAAUGAUAUAAAUAAUAAUAAUAAUAAUAAUAAAUUAAUUAAUUUGUAUAAUUAUAAUAGUUAUUUAAAAAAUAUGAAAUUAAAUAUGAAUGAAAAUAAAAGUGCAAAUAUGUAUAUAAAUAAUCAAAAUAUUUUUAAUGAAUUAAAUGAAAGUUAUAAAAAUUCUUAUUUAAAAAAAAUCUAUUUUAAAUUACCCUUCGGAUCUAUACAUGAUAAAAAUACAUUUGUGCAUGACUCAUUAAAAGUAUCUAAAUGUUACUCACCCUCUUUUCAAUAUUCACAUAAUGAUGAAAUGAAUAAUGACGUUAACAAUACUAGUAAAAACAUUGAUUUUUUAAAUAACUUUGCUGUAUCAGAUAAUCGAUCUAAUAAUAAUAAUAACAGCAGUAAUAUAGAUAAAAUUAAUAAUAUAAAUAACAUAACUAUUCUCAAUUCAUUAAAUAAUGCAAAUGAUAUAAAUAGUACAAAUAAUGUUGAGGAUAAUAUAAGUGUCAAGCAAAUAACUAAUGCUAACAUUAAUAACAGUCAUCAUUUAAUAAUAAAAAAGAAAAAAAUAAGUAGUAAUUUAAAUGAAAGUGAAGGUAAAGAUUUUUCAUUUGAAAAAAAAGCUAGCAAUAAUAAUACAUUUAAUAAAAAUGAUUUUUAUCUAAAUCAAAUAAAUACUUAUAAUGAGAAUAAUGAAUUUUACAUCAGUGAGAAUACUAAUAAAGAAACAAUAAAUGAUGAUAAUUCUUUUUUACAUAGUGAUAGUAAUGUACAACUUAGAGAAGCAUCUUAUAAAAAUGAAAAAGGGCAAAAUAUAAAAGAUGGAAAUAUAGAAGAAAAUAAUGUGCAUUUUUAUAAUGAAAAUUAUACUAAUUUAAAAAGUAAUGAUAUUAUAAAUAAAAGUGAGAAGAACUAUAAUGAGGAAGAAAUAAAUAACUUAGGUAACUUUGAUAAUUUAAUCAAUAUAAAUCAUAAUAAUAGUAAUGUUAUGGAAAAUCAGAUGAGUUUAAAUAAUAAUUUAAAUAAUAAUAUUAAUAAUAUAAAUACAAAUUAUAAUACUAGUGUUACUAAUAAUUAUAAUAUAAAUAAUAGUUUUAUGCACAUUCCUAAUAAUUUUAUUAAUAAAAAUAGUAAUAAUGAUUUUAUAAAUACAAGUGAUAAUUUUAUUACUAUAAACAACAAUAUAAAUAGAGACUUUAAUAAAAUAAAUGAUAAUACUAUAAAUAGAAUUGAUAAUAAUAAUAAUAAUAUGAAUUAUAAUAAGCAAAUUAUAAAUAUACAAAAUGAAAAAAAAAUAAACGAACAAACACAAAUAGAUACAUUAAAUAAUGGUAUGAAUAAUUUAUCUUUAGAUAUAAACUUCAAUAAUAUGGAAUAUGAAAAAAUGAAUAAUUCAAAUAGUGAGGCUAUUUUUUAUGAAAACAUUUCAUAUGUAAAUGAAAAGGAUAAUAAUGAUAUUAAUAAUACUAUUAAUAAUAUCAACACUAAUAUUAAUAGCAAUAUUAGUAAUAUUAAUAAUAAUAAUGAAAUGGAUAUUAAAAGUGAGGAAUGUAACAAUGAAGAUGAUAAUAAUGAGAUAAAAAAAAAUGAGAAUUAUGAAUUACAUAUUAAUAUAGAUGAAAAAGGAAAAUUUUCAAAUUAUUUUAAUCCUGAAAUAAAUAAUGAGAAUGUGAGUUCAUUAGAAAAUAACAUCAAUUAUAAUAAAAAAAUAAAUAAUAUCUCAGAUAAUAAGUUAAAUGAUUUGAAUUAUAGUAUAAGCAAUAGUUGUUUAAAAAAUAGUUUGAUAAAUGUAAAUAGUGCCAUUAAUGAUAAUAUAUCUUAUGAUAACAAUAAUGAUGAUGAAUGUAUACUGAAUAAUAAUUUUACUAAUACUAAUUUUUCGUUCUCCAUGGAUCAUUUAGAUAACUCAAAAAGUAAUAUAGAUAAUGUAAAUAAUAUAAGCAAUGUGAAUAAUAGAUUAAGUAAUAAUUUGGAUAAUUUAAAUAAUAUAAAAAAUAAUAACAUUAAUAGUAUAGAGAAAAAUCUUAGUAAUAAUAACAUAAAUAAUUAUAAUUUAAGUAACAACAUAAAUGAAGAAAAUAUUGCAAAUAUAAAUAGAGAUUUAAAUAGUAGUAAUAAUAAUAAUAGUAAUAUUAAUAAUGUAGAUAACAAUAUCAAUUAUAUGAUUGAAAGAAAUAUAGAUUAUGAUUCUAUAUAUAAUAAAAAUUUAUUUGAAAAUAAAUAUGUAAAUAUCAAAAAUAAUAAUAAUAAUUUGGGUUUCUUUGAUCAAAAUAAAGUUGGAGUUCUGUCUAAAAGUAAUAUUAUUCUUACAAACAGUAAUGGUUAUUCAAAAGAAAAUGUAAUUUAUCCAAUUAAUACUACUUACAAAUAUAAUACUGUAAACAGUAAAGAAAAUUAUAUUACAACAAGUAAUUUUAAUGAUAAUUUUAAUGUAAGUAAUUUAAAUAAUAUUAAAAAUUUGAAUACUAUGAAUAUUCUAAAUAAUGUUAGUAAUUUAAAUAAUAUAAACAAUGUAAACAACUUAAGUAGUAUAAAUAAUGCAAAUAAUAUUAAUAAUUUAAAUAGAGUAAAUAAUAUGAACACUUUGAAUAAUAUGAAUACCUUAAAAAAUAUAAAUAAUUUUAAUAAUGCUAAUAACAUAAGCAACAUAAGUAAUGCAAAUAAUGUGAAUAAUUUUAUAAAUAAAGAUAAAAUUUUAGAAAAUGAAGUUUUCAAAAGCAUAAAUUUAGUAAAUAAUUCAGUUAAAAAUGUUAAUGUGAUGGAUAAUAGCUCUUUGUAUAAGAAUACUGUUUCUAUGAAUCUAGUAAAAAAUAAUAAUAUAGUGAAUUCUAUGACUUAUAAUCAAAGUAAAUUAUUAAUUAACAAACAAAAUAUUCCUUCAAAUAGAUGUAUGAAUAAUAAUAUAAGAAACUUAAAUAAUAAUACGAUUGAUUAUAAAUCUAUUGUUAACAAUGUUGUAAACACAAAUAAUUUUGAAUAUGCACAAAUUAAUGAAAAUAAAAAUUACUUCAUGCUCUCACAUAAUAAUAAUAGUAAUAAUAAUAGUAAUAACAAUAAUAAUAAUAGUAAUAAUAAUAGUAAUAACAAUAAUAAUAAUAAUUUAUCAUAUAGAAAAAAUAUUCUAUGUGAUAAUAAAACAAAUGAUAAAACGAAUUUAUUUUUAUCUUACAAUAAAUUAUCAAAUGUAUCAAAUGGAUAUAAUGUAGAAAUUUCUGAAAAAAAAUUGAUUAACUUAGAUAAUUAUAAUAUGAAUAAUAUUAUGAAAAGUGAACAUAGUCCUAAUAAUGUAAUAAGUAAAAGCAUUAUUGAUAUAAAUGAUAAUAAAAAUAUGACAAUAGGUAAACUUAUGAAUAGCUCUAAUAAUGAUAUUGGUGAAAGGAGGCAUCUUGAUAAUUCUGAUAUUAAUUUAUUAAAUAUGAAAAGUUGCGUAUAUACUAAUAUUUUAGAAUCAAAAAAUAAUUCAAUAAUCAAUGAAAAUAAUAAUAAUAAAAAUAAUAUGAAUCCUGAGAUAGCAAACAGCAAAAUAAAUAACUAUAUUAAUGAUAAUAUUAGCAAUCUUAUUUUAAAUAAAAAUAUAAAUAACUUUAUUAAUAAUGGUAGACAGGCUAUUCAAAAUAAUGUAAAUCCCUAUUUAUCUAAUGUUAAUAAUAUAAAUGUUCAUAAUAUAAAUUUUAAAAAAAAUGAAAAUAUAUAUAAUCAUAAAAAUAUACCAAUAGAAAAUAAAAUAAAUAAUAAUAAUGAUUCAAUCAACAGAUAUUGUAAAGAAAGCUCUAAUGAUAUAGAAAAAAUAAAUGAUCAUUUUAUUUUAGCGAAUAAUAAAAAUAUAAAUAUUAUAAAUAAAAUUAAAAAUCAAAAAGGUACUUAUAUUUGUAAUUAUGCAAAAAAUUGUAUUUCACUUAAUAGUGUAGCUAGUCAAAAAAUAAAUGAUGUAAAUGUAAAUAAAAUUUCGGAAGCACGUAUUAUUUACAAUAAUAAUAAUAAAAGUAAAAAUACUUGUUUAAAUAACAAAAAUGAUUUCAAUAAAAAUACGUUAGAUAAAAAUUACGAAAUUAAUAAAAAUGGAAAUAGUAAUGAAAAUAUAAAUUAUUUAUCAAAUUUUAGAAAUAUUGUUAAUAAUAAUGCCAGUAGUAAUAAUAAUAUACAGAACAGUUUUAAAGAGAAUUUUUAUAAUAAUUUAAAUAUUUUAACAAGUAACAAAAAUAUAUCCAAUAUAGAUUUUAAUGAUAAUAUAAUUUAUAAAAAUAAUAAUGGUAAAAUCAAUAGUAGUAGUAGUAAUCACAAAAUUAAUAUAACACAAGCUUUAUUAAGUAACAGAGGUACACGUUUAUAUAGAAACUCAGUAAUAAAUGAACAUAGAAAUAUAUUAGAUCAAAGUAAUAAAGAAAGAAAAUAUGAUGAACUUAAUGAUGAAGUAAAUGAAAGUGAAAUAAAUGGAAAUGAUAAUAUGCAAGAAAAAAAAUUUCUUCAUAAUGAUACUCAAAUAAAAAGAGAAAAAAAAAAUAUAGAAAAUAUGAAUAAUUCUUAUUAUUUUAAUAGUAAUAUAGUACAGAAACAUUAUGAAUAUAACAAUUUAAUUAAUAAUAAUAAAAUUAACGAUAUAAUGCAUUUAAAAAAUUCAUUAAAUUAUAAUAAUGGUAUUAUAAACCAUGAUAAAAAGAUAAAUCAAGAUGAUUUUAUACAAACUACACUAAACAAUAUUUUAACUAAUGAUAUAAAAAAUAAAAAUUAUGAUGAAUUAAUGUGUAAUAAAAAUUUCAUUUCAAAUAACCAAAUGUAUAGCAUAAAUUCGAAAAUUCAAAAUAAUAUACCUAAUAAUAUUCCUAAUACUAAUUUGAUCUCAAAAUACAACAAAGAUUUAUUGACAAAUAAUGAAAGAAGUAAUAUAAGACUAAUGGCUGGAAAUACUGACCUAAAUAAUAUAAACAACAAUAUUUCCAAUUUUAAUUCAAUAAGUAAUAAUAAUAUAUGUUAUAGAAACAUAGAAUGUUAUAACGGAGUCAAUGAAAAUAACAGUAAUGUUUCUUCUGAUAAGUCAUCAAAAAAUAAAAAUAUUAUGAAUAAUAUAAAGUUAGAUAAUACUAUUAAAAAUAGAAAUUCUCAGAAUAGUUAUGCUAACAUUGGUACAAUUAAUGAUAUAAACAAAGUUGUAUUUAAUAAUCAAAAUAAAGUAGAUGAGAAUUCACAGCACAUAUAUGAUGUUGAACAAGGGAAUAUAAAAUACAUUUCUAAUAGUAGUGAUCUAACAAAUAAAAAAAAAGAAAAUGAAAAUGUUUUUAGAAUUUCAAAAACUCAAUUACUUAGCUUAGAGAAUGACAUAAAAUACUUACAAUCUCUAUCAACAUAUAUUAAAUCGGAGGAUUUGUAUUUCGAAACAUAUGAAGAAACAGAUGUCUAUUAUGAUAAAAGCAAUAAUGAGUAUAUGCAUACGGUAAGCAGUUGUACACAAAUUAAUACAAAAGAUUAUGGGAUAAAUAAGUCAAUAAUAAAUAACAAAGAUUAUUUAAAUGGUAAAUUAAAAAAAGAAAAGAAAAAAACAAAGUAUUUUACAAAUAGAUUUAGUAGCAAAUUAAAAUACACAAUAAUUGAAGAAGGGUCAUUUGGUGUAGUAUAUAAGGGAUGGUACAAAGGAUUAAAUGUUGCUGUGAAAAUCCCAGUUGAUAAAAUGGCAAGGCAAGAUCCAUAUGGAUUAACUAAAAGAUCAAUUAAUGAAUGGAAAAUUUUAUCUAAAUGUGAUCAUCCAAAUAUUAUUAAAUUAUGCGGUGGAAUAGUACAUAGCUAUUUUGAUAUAUGGCUAGUAACAAAGUUAGUUAAUGGCUUAGAUUUACACACAAUAAAAAAUAAUAUGAGUAAAGAUGAGAAGGUUCUUGGUAUAGAUAUUUCUUUAAAAAUGUGUAGACAAUUAGCAGGGGUAAUUGAUUUUUUGCACACACCUAUAAAAAAUAAAAAAAAUGUAAUAAUACAUAGAGACAUAAAGCCAGAAAAUUUGAUUAUUGAUAAUGACUGGAACAUUCAUUUAUGUGAUUUUGGUGAUGCAGAAGAAUGUGAAGAUGGUAUUGUUACAAAUGUUUCUGGGGCUACUUGGAUAUAUGCUCCACCUGAAUUAUUAACAUGCCAUCCUUUAAAGCAAAGUAGUGAUUAUAAUUUUCUAGAUCAUACUAAACUUUCUUAUAAAUGGGAUAUUUGGUCCAUGGGUUGUGUUUUUCAGGAAAUGAUGAAUUUACCUUCCCCUUUUCAACAUUAUAUUAUAACAUUUGAAGAAUCUGAUCAAAUUUAUGAGAAACUAGUUGAUGUCUUCACAAAAAAACUACCACCAUGUAUUCAUUCAAAAAUUGAAAAUUCUCCUUUUGCUGAUAUUAUAAGAUUAUGCUUAAACUAUGAUCCAAAUUUAAGGCCUACUGCUUCUGAAAUUGUUCAGCUCUUAAAUCAACCAGAUGAAUAUUUACUUUUAAAGAGGAAAUAG